CAUUCAAACACAGAGGCAAGUCUGGACAGACACCGACCGCUGGACGGGCGAUGCACGGCUCACUUAUCGGACUCCGUCAACCCGGGGCCCGGGCGAACUGACAAGCCGGGGACAGUUGAAGACCAAGCGCUCAUAUCAACGCCAAACCGUGAUUAUUCCAGGCGUGUUUUUGAGCCGUGCCUUUUCCUCAAGUAGACAUCAACACCGGGCUACCUGUCAAAACAGUCUGUCACGUUGGUUAGACUGUUGCUUCGUUUUCCGUGGCUGACAAUGACUCUCGAGGAUGAGCUGACAAGCGCCGCAGCGCAGGGACACACAGCGGAGGUGUCGCGUCUGCUCCAGGCGGGAGCUCAGGUUAACGGCGUGAACCGAUUUGGACGUAGCGCUGUGCAGGUCAUGAUGAUGGGGAGCACCCCGGUGGCUGAGGUGUUACUGCGGCACGGAGCGGAUCCCAACGUCGCGGACAGACGCACCGGGGCCACUCCGCUGCACGACGCGGCCAGGGCGGGCUUUCUGGACACUGUGCGGCUGUUGGUGAACUAUAAGGCAGACCCACGGGCCAAGGACAAGGCAAACUGUCAGCCUAUCGAUUUGGCCAGAAAGAGCGGCCUUACAGAUGUAGUUGCUUACCUGGAGUGUGUUUUGUCUGGGAACUCGGGGCUCUGAGACAGGAGGCCUGCGGGGCCUGCAGCCCUCCACACACACACUGGAUGUUCUCUUAUACCAUGUAAGCUGUUUUAAUUCAGUUGUCUGCUUUUUCUGAAUCCGUAUAUAUUUUUUAUUUGUAACGAAAUUAUGACGAACUGAUGUUAAACUUGACACAAGUUUACAGCGACAUUUUGGAGCAUCGUUGAAAUAUUCCGAUAGGUUUAUAAGCAAAUCAAGUUUGUCAAUGGCCUAGUGUAGACUUUUAUUGUACAUAACUGUAUUUUUAAAGUAGGGUUAUUGGUCCUUUUUAUCGCGAAGCCAAGGUUUGAAUAUUUUUCCAUGUCACGUAUUUAACCAAAUUAUUCAAAAGCCAUUGAAAAUAUUUUUGUACAUUUGAACAUUAGAAUAUACUUGUCCUGUUUGUACAAACUUAAAAGCCUAUUUAGAUUUAUUAUGCACUUUAAUAAAAUGUCACUUCAUAAAACAGAUGAGGCAUAAGAAGUCUAGCUACAGCUUCACUUACUGCUCGGUACUGGACAAGAAACUGAAUCGGUUUUUAAAAAAAGAAACGAACAUUUUUUAACGUUGCGUUUCAAGAUGCGGGGCCAGGAUUUUAACGGAUAACAUGGUCGUUUUAAUUUCUUUCAUUUGCUUUUGCUAAACGGGUCUUUAAGAAUAUUUACACAGACCAAAUAUUAGGCUCCUGGCUCAUGAUCACAGUCUAACUGAACCGAAAUGACUUCAUUGUCAAACACGCCAAUAAGAUAAAAGGCUGAUGCAAUCAUUUGGUUAUUUUCGGCGAUAAGCUUUUUUUACAUUUUGCAUUCACACUAGACUAAAAUGUGCUUAGAGCAUUAUUACAGAGGUACAGAAAUCAUACUGGAUGUUUGUGCAACAUAACUCUGUACAACUUUUGCAAAGGAAGUCAUUUGCAUAUAGGAUGUGAUUAAAAUUAGCAGGUGACACGAAAUGCGUCGAUGCUUUGCAGUUGUAAGAAAGUGAACUAUAGAGAAAAAUUAUAGGAGGCCUCAUUCAUGAACUACGGUCCAGUUCAACACCAACAGAGUCCAGCUGCUGUUCUGGCUUUAUGAACUCGGGAUUGGACGGUAAAUCCCCCAGCACAUGAAAGGCAUAAGGCUUUUGUUUGGCCUCUUCUCCAGUGGAGUUUUGGUCCCACUACAAUGAGACAAUCAUAUAAAUCAAGCCGGUUUUAGAUUUAUAAAACGAAAUCAAUGCCAACAUUUCUUUGCAACAAAUAUUCACACUUGAACAGGUUUGUACCUGAACUCUACAGGGAGAUUUAAAUGUACUGUAUCACUGUUAAUCCUUAUUUUUAAUGAAAAAAUAAGGACGUUCUUAUCCUUUAUAGCACAACUGCCGUUUUUGCGCAGACUCGAGCCCUGGAAGUUCUGCACAUGCUGAAUCUUAACUGCAAAUCAGAUAGUUAAUCAUUAAUUCAGUAUAUUUGGUAUCAACACUGAAGACAAACCUCUGAAUAGUCAACUCUAAUCUUUACCAAGUCAUUUUAUCAUAUUGUUGAGACAGAACAAGAGGAAAUACAAGGAGACUUUUAGAUAAUGGGCCGUGAGAUGGUCAGAUGCAGACAAGAAAAGAGGAAGGACAUGUAAUAUUAGUGGUAUCA